AUGUCUUUCUGGAAAUGUUUCAUGGCCGCAACAGCAGAGGAAUUAUCGAGUGUCUUUAUCUUGUAUACAAAGUUCUUUUCGUUAUGUAGCAUAUAUUGGAGAUUCGGUUUUUGGUCAUCUGCUUUAUACACGCUUGGUUGGAUUGUUCUUUCAACUGUUAUCCCUCAACCUUGGUAUAGAGGUCCCACAAAGAUUUUUGAAUUAAAUGAUACUGCUUUUAGAGACAAAGUAUUGUUGAAAAAGCCAGAAGGCGUGUCUGUAGACGAUAUAAAGGGACCACGUAUCACCGAAAUAAGCGAAACGGAUGAAAAGAAGCCGGAAGUAAAUGCUAAAUAUUGGAUCGUCAUGCUGUAUGCCAAUUGGUCUGUCACUUGUCUUAAUUUUGAACCCGUCUUGGCCAAAUUAUCCAUCAAAUAUGAUUUACCUCACUUGAAAUUCGGCCAAAUCGAUAUUGAUGUGUACCCUAAUCUGGCAGAAGAAUUUGGUGUCAGUAAAGAUCCUGCAUCGUUUGAUUUACCAACAUUGAUCUUAUUUCAACAAGGAAAAGAAAUCAGAAGAUUACCUGAAUUAACCAUGCCCAAGGAAGGUGUUAAAUUAACAAAGGCAAGUGUUGCCAAGGAUACAAUCACUCGUUUGGGAUGGAACAAGAAAUCGUCCACCGUCGUAAAUAAUUUUCAACUUGAAAAGAUUGCAAAUGAAAAAAUCAAUUAA